CUCAGCCUCUUAGCCUAUUCGAUGGCCCACAUUGCCAGUGCCAGCAUCCGACAUGGCCCGGAUCGUCCAGCUCUUCCUCAUCGCGACUUUGACGACAUCCUUCGCCUACUCCUACCUCGAACCAAUUCCAAUAACGGUGUACUACGAAAGUUUAUGCUCUGACUCAAUCAGAUUUAUUCUUAAAAAGCUAGCUACCACAUAUAACCAAAAGGAUUACGAUUUUGCUAGCCUGUUAUCCAAAUUGACACUAGUGCCUUACGGUAAUGUCAAAGUAAUUAGCGCUGAUAACUACCAAUACCAAUGCCAACACGGGCCACCGGAAUGUGAGGGUAAUAAGUUACACGGAUGCGCCGUGAAAUAUUUCACGGACAAAAGUAAAUUACUGAAUUAUAUUGGCUGCUUAAUGGAGAAGAGCAUCAAAGUAAUACUCUCGAGGGCACCUUUCCCGGUCGGUGAGUGUCAAAAUGAAAUCCCGGUGGAAAUCCGCUCAAAGAUAGCGCAGUGUUACAACACCAAUGAAGGAUGGGACCAAUUUAAUCUAAAUGGAUAUUACUCCAAUAUGGCCUUUGGAAGAAAUCGACAUUUUAUUCCGUUAAUUACUUUUCGUAAUGUUACAGAUGAAAAUAUCUCUAAGUGGGCCUUCACAGACUUCAGGCGUACACUUUGUUUACAGUACGGUCUGACGAAUCCUGCUUGUACCGAUGGCUGAAACUAGCACUUACAAGUUACUGGUUGAAAUGUAUCGAUUGUAUUGAUAUGUUUCUGACGCCAAUUGAUUCUAUCUGACAAUCACAAUUAAGAAAAAUUAAAAAAGAUAUAUAUUUUUUUAAUACGCUUAUACAAAUUAUUAGAAUUAUUAUUGAGUAUUAUGUCUAUUUAUAUUGUUAUUAAAUAUAUAAUUACCUCGUUUACUUAUUUAAAGAA